AAAAAAACAUCGCUCUGAUUUUCGGGUCAUCCUCUCACCUUGACUAUAAAACCCGGCCUCACACGCUGACUGUUGCACUCACCUCUCAACCGUCUCACCAUGAAGAUCAUCCUCGCCCUCGCUGUGUUGGCUGUGGCUGCGGCCGAGCAGCUGCCUCUCGCCAACCCGCCCAUCGCCAUCGUGCGAAGCAGCCAGGUGAACCCCGACCAGUUCGGCGCCCACAGCUCCGACUUCGAGGCUGCCAAUGGCAUCGUGUUCCAGUUUUCGGGUUCUGAGGGCAUCGCUGGCGGUUCUAACAUGGUUGGCUCUUGGAGUUAUCCUCAGGAAGAUGGCACCGUAGCCUCUUUCAAGUUCGUGGCCAACGAGAACGGCUACCAGCCCGAGUCGUCCCUCCUGCCCGUGGCCCCCGCCUUCCCCCACCCCAUCCCCCAGUUCGUCCUCGACCAGAUCGAGUUCGCCCGCCUCGAGGACGAGCGCAAGGCUCGCGAAGGAGCCAAGGCCCAAGCGUAGUCUUUUGGUCUUCGAACGAAUUGUUGUUAAGCUUUGACCUUUGAACGAUUUUAUGUGUAAAUAAACAGAUGUUAUAAA